AGGGGAUUGAACGUGGCGUGCCCCGCGUCAGGAAGACCUUCCCUACCAACCUGGAACAAAGGCACCCGUGUCCCGCACAAGCACCACCUCCUCGGGACACAGCACACACAGAUAGGUAUUGGCAGACAUCAAUCGCCCACUUUCUCGGUUGAGAUACUCGUUCUCUGUUUGAUCGGCUCGCGCUCGAGCGUCGGCAUCCCGUGGCUGGUGCUUUUAACGAUCCACGCAGCGAGUUCGCCAACCCCAUAAUAACGUUAGGUACCCUCGCGCCAUGUCGACACGACGGCGACGGCGCCAGGUUGCCCAGGACGAUGAAGACGAGAAUAUGCAACAGCGGCCGCCACAGAGCCCCGACGAUGCCGAAUCCGACGCGGACGACGCGGACGAGCCGAUGGCGGACCUGGGGCAAAGAGACGAGACCAGCCAGCUAAUCAAGAACCUCGUGCGCUAUGCCCUUGCCUGCGAGUAUUCGCGCACGCCGAUCCGGAGAGAUGGCAUCAGGGAUAAGGUGCUCGGGUCCAACGGACGGGAGUUCAAGAAGGUGUUUGCUGGCGCUCAGAAGCAGCUGCGGGCAACGUUUGGCAUGGAAAUGGUGGAACUGCCUAUCAGGGACAGGGCUCUCAUGACGACAGAGCAAAAGAGAAAAGGCAGGUUUCCAUGCAUUGGUAAUGGAGCGUCGAUCGCAAAGGCUGACAUGGUUUCGGCAGCCGCCAAAUCUCAAAGCCAAAAAGAGCCGAGUUCAAACACCUACAUCCUCGUCUCGACCCUCCCCGAAGCCUACAAGUCGCCGGCUGUCAUAACCCCGUCCAAAGUCCAGUCCGCCGAAGGCGAAGCCUCCUACAUCGCAUUGUACACCACGCUUAUCGCCAUCAUCACACUCAGCGGCGGUGAACUCAGCGAACCGCGCCUCCGCCGAUACCUCACGCGACUCAACGCGGCUGAAAACAUGCCCAGCAUGAACCCAAACGACGGGACGUCACCGAACGAGAAGACCGAUGUGCUCCUCCAGCGGAUGGUCAAGCAAGGAUAUUUGGUGAGGGUGACCGAGUCCAAGUCGAUGGGCGAUGAUGAGUCGACGACAUGGCAUGUCGGACCGCGCGGCAAGGUGGAGGUUGAUAAGGAGGCCAUUGCGGCCUUUGUGCGAACCGUCUAUGGCGGCUCCAGCGAGGAGUUGGAGAAGAAACUGCAAGCCAGCCUCAAGAUCCAGAAUCGGCCACCCAGGCCGGCCGAGGAGGAGGAAGGGGCGCCGCCGGAUGACGACCCAGGACCGAGUAACCGCGCCAACCGGAGGAGGAGGCGGGCUCAAGUCGAAAACGAAGAGAGCGAGUGAUUCGCUGUACACCGCGCUGGGGACACUGUUCAACUCCGCGCACGACUGUGUAUUUUAUGCCUUGCUGGCUACGGAUUCAGGCGAUACCCAAGCCCGAGCCGGCGCGUGUUCCCGAACAUCUGUAGGCCUGUUCGAGCUGCCCCAGCAGCAACUGGUGGGGAUCGGCGGGGGCGCCGUAUUAUCGCGACAUGCAUGCCAUCUGCAUACGCAAUCCCUGGUUGCUCUUGGGUUGCCCCUGCCUGCUCUGCCCUCUUCUGGCGGUCCUGGUGCGUCCCUGUCGCCGGCAAACCCCAGACAUACUCAUGAUUCGUUUUGUUUUGUAGUCAUAAACACGUCUUCUUCCCUGGGCGGAGGCGGCCCAACGGGUUGGAACAUUUUCUGCACAUUCACUUAGCAUUCGGCCACACAUGGACGGGACGGACGGCGGAAGGCGGGGACG